AUGGAGACGGAGCAGGAGCCCCGAGUAAGUAGCGGUCCUGGACCUUCUUUCGGUGACGUGCGAUUCCUGGCGCCGGGUUCUUCCUCCGCUGCGCGCGUCACCGACGAGAUUCUGACCUGCACGGGCAGCCGGGAGCUCCGCUUCCGCAUUUCAGCCCUGGCUGGCACUGUGGAGCAUCUCCGACGUGAGAUCUCCAAUGCGCUCGAGAAUCCCAGCGGGCCGUUGGCGAAAGCCACCACUUGGGACCCGAGCCAAUUGCAGGCAGCGGAGCAUGCUCUGAAGUGUCGAGUGGCAUUGAUUCAAGGCCCACCCGGCACAGGUAAGACCUUCAUCGGCUGCAAGUUGCUGCAAAUGUUCCUGCCCAACUCACGUGUGCUGGUCCUGACCUACAAGAACCAUGCAUUAGAUGACUUUCUGCAACAUUGCCUCCAAGCAGGUUAUGUGGAUACAGUGGCGCGCGUGGGAGGCCGCAGCAAUGAUGACUCCCAAGAACUACAGUCCUGCAACCUGAGGAGCCUCCGAAAGAAGUUGCAAUCACGCACUGGCAAGCGGAAGAAUGACGCCGAUGUUGACCAGGCCAUCCACAAAUUGAUGGCUUUAGCAUCGCAAGCGAAGUUCGUGGUGGCCGCUGAGCAACAUAAGCUCUUGGUGGCGCUGCACCAUUUCCUCGACAGAGGAGUGCACACUGUGGAGACCUUCUUAAUGGCGAUGUCUGGUCAGGGUCAGGAGAUCAUCCUCUUUCUGCAAGAGUGGAUGCAAGUUUGGCUUCAGGAGGAUCCAAAUCGGACAGGCAAUCACCACCACCGGCAGUUCUUGGAAUGUGCAGACAUUGUCGGACACUCCUUAGACCAACGUUGGGAGCAGCUACCUGAACUGCUCGGCGACAGCUCUGAACAAGAGGAGCAAGUGAUAUGGGCAUGUUAUUGGCUACGGGACUAUCUUGAUCGAGCUCUCAUGGAUUGGUAUCCUCCAGGAAAGCAUGUGGCAGAAGUGGCACGAGCGUAUUUUGGACAGGAUUGUGAGCAAGAUCCAGACGAAGAAGCUCCAGCGAGGGUGGUCUCUGCGGAUGAGGCAGUUGUUGUGAUUGAUAGCCAGGAGGACUUGAAGAAGGUUUCCGCUGCCCUUCAACAGAAUUUGCAGGUCCUGCAUGCGGUGCAGCUUCAUGACGGUGUGCUGAUCGAGAAGGGCUGGACACUCCACCGGUGUGUCGACUGA